UUACACUGAAGUCGCUCCGACGAAGAACAUCAUUAAUGUUCAGUUUUUCCGGUUUCGGCUGCACAGGAAAAGUAAAAACUUUGAUAAGAAGUGGUGAAAUAUAAAAAAAUGGACUCAGGCGAUUCUAAAAAAGAUGGACCUACAACUAGGAGUAGAAGCUCCAGACAGGCACCCACGCAAGUUGCUAAAGGGACAACAAGGGAUAUAAAUGAAGAUGUGGGGAUCGAUGAGAGUGAAGACCAGGAUCAGGCUUUAUCUAUAAAGCAACUAAAAAGAUACCCAAUAAAAAGAACACUGAAAAUGAGGGAAGAUGAGGGGGCUUCCAGAGCAGUCAAUGGAUCCAAGGAGUCCAAAAGUCUCACUAAGGAGGAUGAGGAUGAAUCCCCUGUUAAGAAGCAAAAGCUUAAAGGGAAGAGAAGCGGUAUAGAUGAGAAAGGUGAUGGUUUAAACCGAACAGAUGACGCAGAUAUGGACACGGGUGAGAAUGAAGACGAGGACGAAGCAAUGAGCUCAGAUGAGGGGGGCGAGUUGGACCAGGAGUCUAGCUUGACAGCCCGUCCUGGGACAGAAGACACACAUCCUGCCCAUGUAAGGGAACAAAAACAUGAAUAUGAGGAGGUUCUUAACAGACAAAAUCCUGUUCAUCUAAAUAUUAAGGUCACUGAGAUACCCAAACCCAAAGCAGGAAUGCACAAGCCAGUCACAAAAUAUGAAGAUGACUAUAGUACGGGUGCUCCAGUGGAAUAUCAGAAAAGAGAUUUUAGAAAAAGGAUUAACAUGAACAAUCAGAAUCCUAUAACAGAGAAAUAUAAAUAUCCUCCUGGUUUCGGGGGUCAGAAUACAUACUUAAAAUCUAAACCCCAGAAGAGUUAUGUCUACCCUAUCAUAUAUCAAACCAACCACAAAAACAAAGAACUGACAAGUUUGCAGCAACGAGUCGCCUUAAAAGCAAGUCCAGCCUCCUCCUCCUCUAGAGGCUGGACGUGGUACAUGUGCAAGCUUCUUCUGUGGUGUGUGAUAUUAUUGCUGGUUUUGGGUGUUUGCGGCUUUUUGGCCUAUAAGAAGUUCUCGCUCUCCCAUUUGUCUCAAACUGAUGUGGUCCAUUCUAAAUCACUGGAGAAAUUUGAUCCAGAGUUAUCAGCUCUGCGGAUUCUUUUUCCAAGCCAGCGCCCUGUGUUCUGGCAUAGGAGCGGGAAACAUAUUAAGCGCCACCUGGAGAUGGUCAACCCCACUGAACCGGUCAGCGUAAUUCUGACUGCUGGCCUUCAGGCUGAAAGGACAUUGGGCUGUCUUGCACGAAGCUUAGCUGCAGAGUACUCUGCUACCCAUAACGCUUCCAUCUUAGAAAUCAACGGGACCACAAAAAGAGCACAAGACAGUGACCGGGUCAAGCUGGAUAUAGAUGAAGAGCUGAGGAAAGCAUUUGAAGGUGAUAAACCUGCGGCUGUCGUGCACCAUUUCGAGGAGCUCCCUCCUGGAUCUACGCUCAUAUUCUAUCGUUACUGUGACCACGAAAAUGCAGCUUACAAGAAGGUUUUUCUGGUUUUCACCGUGAUGCUUUCGGUGAAGGAAAUAUCCCAGACGACCAGUCUAAGUGCCGUGGAAGACAUGGUGCACGACCAUAUAAAACAGAAGUUUAUCGUCUCAGACAAAUCUACUAUGUUUAAUCAAAUGGAUGUGGAUAAACUGAGUGGACUGUGGAGCAGAAUUUCUCACCUCAUUUUGCCGGUGGCUGCAGAAGAGAAGAUUGAACAGCAGGGAUGUGGGGUAUAACCUCACGGAAAAUCAUCAGAUUUUAUUACUGUAGAGUUUUGAGACUAACUGGUCUAGUUCAUGGACGUGCGGACCACUAAAAUGUACAUAAAGAAUCUUUUUUCCAAAGAGUUUUAAAAAAAAAAAAAAAAGUGUUUGUUUAUAAAUGUUUUUAUAAAAAUGUUUUUUGUAUUUGCCUAAAUAUGUGUGUGUGAAGGCAGACACUUGCUCAUAUAAUAAUAAUUAUGCAUUUGGCAUUUUAUAGUAAGCGUGUUGCUUACAAUAUAAAUCAACAAAUUAAUUGUUGUACAUAACCUUCUCAAGGCCAUGUGUGGUAAUGAUUAAAGUUUUGCACUGAUUUUUGAAUUUAUACUCUGAAUUGCAAUCAAAAUUUUGUUUGGGUUUGAUGUUAUAUAUUUCCUUGACUAAGAUUACAAGUCAGCUUGAGUUUAUUUCUAUUCUGGUUAAUGCAUUUUCGGUUCCUGGUUUAUCGUUCAAGGCAUUGUAAAAAUAUAUUUUAUGCAAUUAAAAAAAAUGCUCAUUUGACUUACA